AUGGCGCGCCCCCAACUCCCCACCCCUCCGCCAGAAGACGGGGACCACCAAGCCGCAGACCAGCAGCAGACCUCCCCUCCGUCUCCGUCUCCGUCUCCGCUAGACAUCCACCUCAUCCCAGCACCCCCGGACCUGUCCGCGUACCCGCAGAUCGGCCACCGCCCGCGCUUCGCCCGGCUCUACCGCCUGCCGGACGGCACCGUAGUCAAGACGGGGCGGCUGGUGCGGCCGACCGAGGCGCGCACGCUGGCCUUCGUGCGGCGGCGGACGACGGUGCCCGUGCCGGCGGCCCGCGGGUGCUGGCGCGACCCCGCCACCGGCCACUGGUGCCUGCGCAUGGACGGCGUGGCCGGCGCGCUGCUGGCCGACGUGUACGAGCUGCUGGGGGCCGGGGCGCGGCGGCGGGUCGCCGCGCAGCUCCGCGGGUUCGUGGCGCAGAUGCGCGCGCUGGAAACGGGGCCCGGUGGCCCGGACCGCAUCGCCGCCGUGGAUGGCGAGCCCGCCCGCGACGUCAUGCUGCAGCUGCACCAGGGCGUUUACAGCUCCGAGACGGCGUUCCGGCGCCACAUUGUGGACGGAUUUCUGGACCGGACGCUGGACGCCAGCGUAGACGGGGAUGAGGAUGGGUGUUGUGAUGAUGAGGAGGACGAGGAGGAUGACGAGGACGUGCGAGAGGUGCGAGAUAUCGAGCACCGGCUGCUGGGGCUGCGCCCGGCGGCGGCCGAGCAGGGGUUUGUCUUCACGCACGGGGACUUGACGCCGCGGAAUGUCGUCGUCGACGAGGACGGCAGGGUGACGGGGAUCCUGGACUGGAGCCAGGCCGGGUACUAUCCAGCAUACUGGGAGUACGCGAAGGCGUGCUGCUACCCCAGGGUCAUGCGUGACCGGGGCGAUGGGGAGCUCGAGUAUGUGGAAUCUGGGUUUGUCGUGGACGGAAUGCCUGAUGUGAUCUUGCCGUGGCGAUACCCGACGGAGGCCGCUGUGCUCAAGGAGGCGUAUGAAAAGGCAUUUUGA